CUCGCUAGAACAUGCACGACGGCAGCGAUCACAGGCGGCGCGCGUUGGAGGCCGAGGGUGAGGCGGCACUGAGGAGGCCUCGGUGACGGGGGGUGCUGCUGGAGCAUCCACGUCGCGGCUACUGCCUGCCUGAUCUCCCAUAUGAGCUUUGUUUUUGCAUGUGGAUUUGGCUUAUUUGAUUCUGCCUCCCCCUUCCAUCUGAUUUGCUUUCAGAUUUCAGUCAUUCCCCUGUUUUCGUUGUAGUUUCUAUUUUCCCCCCUGAUUCAUACUUCAUAGCUGUUGUAGUUAGAUCUGUACCCAUUUCGGCUAGUUCCUUUUUUAUCUAACUUAUUUCCGAGUAGUUUUGUACCUAAAAAUUGCACAAAAUAGAUUAAUCAAUAGCCGCUGACUUGUAUGCCACUCAUUUUAUCUGUAGCCAAAUUUAUUUGUUACGACUUUAUUUUAUUUAUUUUCUUGUUUUAAUAGUUAAUAAAUUUUCUCACUCGAGUGUUUUAUCCAAUAUAUUGCAUUUCCCCAUGGAAUGUAUGCUUUGUUGUUUUGCUGAUUUUUUUCUUCUCUGUUUUUAGCUUCUAGUGUAGUUAGGCCUUUUACUUACCUCUUCUGAUUUGUAUACACAGUUACAUCUCUAAUGAAUAGGAAUUGGUAUUGUAUCUAGUGGGAUUUGCACUGCAUCCCAUCCUUUGUAGAUGCAUUGUGCCAUUUGUUUUGACAGCCUAUGCUGUUUGUUUGGUUUCAGUACUGCAAUAUAGUUUUUAAGAUUUAAAUCAAUGAAGCAUUGGUGGAUGAAUAGCAUUUUCUGAAUUUGUUAGGUACUAUUUGUUUCAAAAUGGUUGGGGCCUAAUGUGAUUGAAAAUUUGGAUCCUAUGCUAGGUAUAAUGCUGUUGUAGAUACUGCUAUUCUUGCUGUCUGUCUGUUUGUCGCUUCUGCUAUCCGUUAGAUGUAAUCAAGUGACAAUGUUCAGUGAGAUUCAUGCUCUGUUCCCUUCUUUAAAUGUGUGGUGCUUUUGCUACCUUUUCCUAUUAGUUUUCCCUUUUACUGUCACCUCAGUUUGUUGUUCAUAUAGGAGCAGACCUGUACACUAGCAAUUUUUUUUGGAAAUAGUACGGAGAUUUCAUUACUUUUGAUGAAUGACAUUAUCUGAACAUGUUUGUUCAUUACUUUUGAUGAAUGGCAUUAUCUGUUGUAGGAUAUCGAUGCAUACCUUGCUGAUUCGCAUCACUGGUCAUUUUGAAAUGUAUGUUACAUGGUUUUGAUGUCUUUUCGUAGGAUUUUUUCUUUAAUAAUUUCUGUUGGUUCUUAAUAUUAGCUUUGUUGCAUCAAAAACGUCCAGAGUAUUCCAGUUUGACUCGUAUUUUGGUAUUAGUUUUAAUUAUUCUUUUUGUGGAUGGCAAGGAAGAGGCCUAAGGAAUUUAUCGACCUUGACAACAGUCAGGAUUCUUAUGGUUUGGACAGUGAAGAUUUGUCUGCUUAUCUAUCUGACAGUGAGAGUAAUGACUUCGAAGAUUCAGAAGUUCACAGCUCUGGGGGCAUUGAAAGCAUCCAAUUUGUUGCUUAUCAACAAGUUUUGAAAAAUUACCAUGAAUUGAAGGUUUUGAAGAGGCAGCUCGCGAAAACUAUAUCUCUUGAGGAGGCAAAGAAGCAAAAAUCUGCUAAAAGGCCCAAAGAAGUUUUUACCAGAUUUUCAGUUUCAAGCUUUUCAUCUAUUUUGGAUGCUCUUACACCUGAAAAUCGUGAAGUCAUUGAAAAUUCUGGGCUGGGAUCUCUUUUGCUUUUCCAAAAGUGCUAUGUGCCUAAUAAGUUUGUGAAGUGGGUAGCUGAGCUAGUGAAUUAUAGAUCAGCUGAUAUAGUUGUUGAUGGCAAAGUUAUCUCUCUUACAAAAGAAUCUGUGCAUUUAGUUCUUGGCCUUCCAAUGGGUGAUAAACAUUUCCCUUCCGAUCCUUCUGGGGGUAAAGCAAUUGUGCUGUCAAUGUUUGAGAAGUAGUCCUUGCCUUCAGUGAAGUUUUUUGCCAACAAAAUUCUAAAGCAUCAAACUCAGUCUGAUGAAGAUUUGAUCAUUUGUUUCAUUCUUGUUGCAAUGAACAGUUUUCUAUGUCCUAAUACUUCAAGUGUCCGUAGCUAUCGAUAUUUUGGUAUUUUUGAGGAUAUUAACAAUCUGAAUCAAUAUGAUUGGUGCGGUUAUAUUCUGGACUGGUUGCUUGAUUGUGUUAAAUCCUUUAAUCGUGGCAAAAGUAUAAGUUCAGGCUUUGGUGGUAGUCUUGGUGGUUGCUUGUACUACCUUGCUGUACUGCACCUAGAUUAUGUUGAUUUUGGAGUUCGCCAAGUCUCAGAUUCUAUUCCACGCAUUACUGUUUGGAAGGAUUCAAUGAUACAGACCUAUGCUCAGCUUGACAUGAAGUCUCCUGGUUCUUAUGGAUAUCACCCCUUACUUGAUGUUUCUCAUACCUGCUAUUCAAAGGAUUUAAGGUUUCUUUACAAUCCAAUGUGUGUCAAUAUAGAUUCUCAUUUUGCUGAGAAUUUGGACCAAUUUUCUGGUCGCAAGCUUCCUGAUUCUUUGAAGGCAAGCAUUUGCAAGCUUAUUCAGAACUACCUCUUCAACUCUGGAGUGUCUGUUAAGCUGGAUGUCAAUCAUGUUAGUGCCAUGCCAGAUUCGCUGAAAUCUGUGUUAUGUAAACUGUUGAAUCAUGUGUAUUCCAUUGAUUCUCGCAUUGAAAAUUUAGUCCUGGAUCUUCUUAAGCUCAUUGCUAAUGCCUACGAAAA